AUGAGUGCAGAUUCCAUAGGCCUCGACCCAAAAUACUUAAUUACUUACUUAUACAUUAAUAGGCGUCUGCCGUAUUGUUAACGCAGUCACCAAGGACCCAAUAGUAGGGUUCAACUGCUUUGCGACAUAGUCCCAACCAGUUAUGAAGACCGGCCAGGGGACAUAUGCCUCCUCCUUCCCCCGGAAUCCCGCAGCUUAAGUGUUGAGUGGGCAGGCUAUGGAUUUCUGCGGCUGCUGCUUGAGUUGACGAGAGUUGGCUUUCCGAAAUUCCAAAAAAUGGAAUUUCUGGUCACCUUUCGGCAAAAAGGGAAGUUCCAAGUCCUGGAACGUAACGCCCAGUUUCACGCUAGGUAAUUGCCCGAUUGGUCUAGGCGUUGCCUGUAGACUCUGCUGGGCUUACCCUUUCCAAACUUGGACUCCCUUUUCCUCUGGGGUGAAAAUCCAUUCUGGUCGUUAGACAUGGGCCAGGCUCUGCUCUGCAGAAUUACUUACCAUGGCUUUGUUGCCCAUUUCCGGAAUGGCAAAACCUUGCCGGAUAUAAUUAAAAUAUGAGUCGAGUAUGUAUGGCCGAGAGGCCAUACUCAGACGAAGACGCCAUAUUUUAAUUAUCCUCGACCCAAAAUACAAUGGAAGAUACAUAAAAUCCCCAACAAGCCUAACUUCUCGAUCCCAAGUAAGAGAUCUCCAAGAAGAGCUUCAUCGCAAAGAUAUAGAGCUACAAUUAAUCCAAGAAGAGCUUAAAAAAUCAACGGAAUCUGUAAAGCAAUACCAAGUUAAAGUGGCUGAGCUCUCUACUAAACUUAUUUCUAGAGAAGACGACUUCUACGCCCUCUCUGAAAAAAUCGAAAAACUUAAAGAACAGCAUGAUUAUAAUCUGCAAAGCAUAAAAGACCAGUUAACCAACUAUAAUAUUGACAUUUCUUUGCUGAAAGGGACGAAUUCUAAUGAAUCAGAAGACUCUACGCAUGAAGCAGCAAAACAGAUGAGCGGGAGUUUAUUGAUUUCUCCAAUACUCCGAUCUCCUAGUGAGCCAGUUGAUUGGAAGUCUCAGGAAUUUCAAAAAGAGGCUGAUAUAUUGAAAGAAAAACUGGUUUUAGUUACGAGAGAAAGAGAUGCUUAUAAAGCGUGGAAAGAAAAUCACUUAAAGGAAAGCCAAGAAAUGGAAAGCUAUUUAACUAGCGUCAAAAGUAAAAUGAGAAGGAUAGGGAGAGCACUGAAAAGUUUUACAAUGAAAGGUGCACAAUUGCAUGGACAGCUUGAUACGAAUGACCCUGCAGUAAAAAAAUCAUUAAAUGCGUUUUAUGAAGAAAAAUUAGAAUUAGAAAGCGUGAUUUCUGAGCUUGCAGGACAAAAUGAAAAAUCAAGCAGAAGACGAAAAUCUCCAGACAGAUUAAUCCAAGAAUUAUCAAAAAAGAAGCAAGAGGUAGAGCAGCUAGCUUAUAAUCAUGCACAAACUGUAGAAGAUCUUCACACAAAGCUAGAAGAAUCUGAGCAGGCAAUAAGGAUUUUAAAGCAGGAAAAAGAAAGCUUGAAAAAUGAAAAUAAAGAAUUUAAAAAUAUUUUCAUCAUGCAAAAACAUCAGCUAGAUCAAAUUAAAAAAGAAUAUUUUUCAGCUGGAGAAAAUAAAUUUUCUAUUUUUUAAAAAAUUUUAAAAAAGUAAUAUUUUUUUUCAAAUUAAAAAAAAUUCCGAGAAAAUAUGAUGAUUGAGUAUAAGAUACUUGUAGAAGCUAAUAAAAGCUUGGUAGAAGAAAAGGAUAACUUGAUUCUCCAAAGGAACCAAAUUAAUGAAAAAUUCCAAAAAGAGAUGAAAUAUGCUAAAAGAUUGUCUGCUGAUAUGGAAGAAUUGCAAAGUAAAAUAGUGAAGCUUAAUGGGACGAAUAAUGUACUGGAAAGCCAAAUUGAGUUUUAUAGAAAAGAAUUAAGCUCUUUUGAAGAAAAUAGACAAAAAGGAGAAAAUGAUCUCACUAAUAGACAUACUUUUGAGAUGAAAGACGCUGAAGAAAAAAUAGCAAUGAAGGAGAAAGAGAUUUUUGAGCUAAAAAUUAAUAUAGAAAGCCUUCAAAAACAAAUUGUUGAUAUUGAAGAAGAAAGAAAAAAGAAGCCUACGCUAAGUUUAAUGCAAAUUGGUUGUAUAUAUAUAGAGCAGCCUUAUAAAUCCCAACAGGUCAUUGAAGAAUUAAGCCACCAACUCACAGAAAAAGAAAGAAUUAUCAAUGAUUACAUAUCAGAAUUAAAAUUUGCUAAAAAUAAGGUAAAAGAGCUAGAAAAAUCAUUAUCAGAAAAAGAAAAAAUAAUUUCUGCCUCCAAAGAAACUUUUGAACACAAACUCAAGCAUAAAGAAGACGAAAUAACAAACAUAAAAACACAAAUAGAAGAAAGACCUUCAAGAAUUGGCGGAGUAAGAAAGAAAACCAUAGCAGCAACCCUAGGCGAAGCCAAUGAAAUGGAAAAAUCUUUCCAAAGUGCUGACAGUUCAGCUGUAUCCCAAAAAAUUAAUUCUUUAGAAAAAGAUAUGAAUGACCUACAAAAAGAGAAAAGAAAAUGGGAAAAAGAAAAAAAAUCUUUAGAAGCUGAAAAGAACAAACUUUUUGAAGACUCACAAAGCUCGAAAGGAAGAGUUAUGAUGUUGGAAGCUGAAAAUAAGGAUUUAAUGAAACAAAUAGUGGAACUUAUGGAUGGGAUUAAACAGUAUGAAGAAAUCAUCCAAAGGAUCGAGACACAAAACUCUCAGUCUGAAGUAAAACCACAGCCUAUCGUAGUAAAAAAAUCAGGAAUAAAAAAAGUGUUUUCGCUUGAUAUAAGAGGAAUUGCUAAUAAAGCAGCAAUUAAUGAACAAAACAGUCAAGUAGAAAAAUUAAGAAAUGAACUUAAGGUAAAAGGCGACCAAAUGGCUAAAGAAAUUGAUGGAAAAAAUAAAGCAAUCCAAAGCUUAAAAGAGAAAUAUGAAAAAACAAUUAAUGAAAUUAGUAAAGAGCUUGACGAGAAAAAAGAUGUUUGCGAAAAACUGCUAAAAGAGAAAGCACAGUUGGAAAAAUCAGCACAAGAAAAAAUGAGCGUAAAAAAUCGCUGUGAAAAAAGAAUUAAAUCUUUAGAAAUGGAGCUUGGGGAAAAAUUGUCAUUGCUUCAGCAGGUUGAGAAGGAAAAAGAAACGCUUAGUUAUUCUUCAGAAGAAAUUAAUUUACUUACUCCCCCCCUCCGUGAGUGAACAAAAAAAUUUUGUUUACUUACGUAGGGGGGGCUUUAAAAACAUUUAUAUAUAAAUUUUAUAAAAAUUUUUUUUCUUCGAAAUUUAAAAAAAUCCUAAUUCGCAAAAAUUGGAAAGCAAAUAUUAAUUUAAUUUAUAAAAUUUAUGUUUUAAAAAGCAAUUCGUUUAAAAUUAAACAGAAUUGCUCUAGAUUUCAUUAUACUAAUUAUCAUUAAUAUAUCAAAAUUUUUUUCCAUAAAAAAUUUGUUCUAUUAAAAAAAGUUUUUGUUCACUCAAGGAGGGUUUUGGGCAAAAAAUAGCGAUUUUUCUAAUGGCUUUUUGUUCACUCACGGAGGGGGGGAGUUAGCAAAGAAAAAGAAGCACUUACUAAUUUCCGUUCUUUAUAAAUAAAUGUUUAUAAGGUGAAAAACACGAUAAUAAUUAACAUUUUUGGAUAAAUAUGAUAGUAAUCAUUUAUUUAUUUUUAAUUUUUUUUUAUGAAAAAAAGAUUCAAGAAUUUUAUUUUUAUUUCGCAAGGGUAAGAAACUCACACAAGCAAAUCAAGAAAACAAAAGACUUAUAGACAGGUUAGCUGAAAUUGAAAGAGUAGAAAAUCAAAAAUUAUCAUUUGAGCCUAGAAGUGAAGAAAUUGAGCCGAUAUUAAAAGAAAAGGAUGCAAUAACAAAAAAGCUACAACAAGCAGAAGAAAGAAUCAAAACACUGAAUGAAGAAAGGCUAGGAAUUGAAGAUCUUUCUAAGCUGCUUGCAGAAAAAACUGAAAAAUUAGAAGAAAUAACAAUAAAAUGGCAUCUUCGAAAUAGGCUUUCUACGAGAAUAAUUCCAUCCUCAAGGAAAUUAUUAUGGGGAGACCCUUAUGCGGAACACUACAGAUUUAAGCACAGAAGGCCAGGAGGUUUGAUGGCCUGGUAAGUCGUAAGGAAGUUUAAAAGUGCUCCUUGUACAGAUGGGGAAGAAUGCCCAAGAGUUCAGUACAAAAAAGGCAGGUUAUAAUUAUGGCCUUUCUAUAGAAUCAAACGACAUGCUAAACACUAAUUUUGCAAGUAAAAUUAGAAGAAGAAAAUAGAGAAAUGAAUAAACUGCUUAUGAAGGUAAAAAAAGAACUUUUUGACUCAAAAGACGAAAUUAGAAAGCUCGUCAAGGAUAAAAAAGAAUUUGAAAAUAAAUUUGAAGAAAAUGAAGAAAAAAUCAGAAAUUUAACACACACAAAUGAAGAAGCCCAAAAAAAGAUCAAAGAUUUGGAAAAUAAAUCGAAAAUUGCUGAAAAAGAUAAAAAACAAGAUCAAGAAUUGGAAACAAGAAUUGAAAAUUAUGAAAAAAUAGUUAAAGAGUUUGAGAAUCUCCAGAAAAUAAAUGGGGAAAUUGAAGCAAGGCUACAAAAUUAUGAGAAAAAGGGAAAGCUCCAAGAUGAGCUUCUAAAGCAAAUUCAAGAGCUUAGUAUUGCAAUGCAAAGUUCAGAAAAAAGAAAUAAAGAUCUAGAAGAACGAUUGAGAUCGAACCAAGAAUUGGAGUUAAAGCUUCAAAACUCUGAAAAACUAAAUAAACAAUUAUCGGAUGAAGUUUUUGAAAUUAGAGAAAGGCUUGGAAUUUUAGAAUUUGAAAAAAACGAACUUUUGAUUGAAAAUGAUGUUGUAACUGGAUCUCCAGAAGAAGACAGCUCAAAAGUGCUUUUAAUAAAAAUUUCCAAACAAAAACAAAAAUUAAAAGAACUAAAAAAUUUAAUUCCCAACAAAAAUGCAAUGAAUCAAAUACAAAAUCAAAUUUUAUUCUUUCAAAAUAGCUUAGUCCCCCUUUGAGUGAAAAAAACAAUAUAUUCGCUUACAGAGGUGGCUAAUUUAUUUUUUUUUUAAAAUUUAUUAUAUUUUUUUUUUAUUUCAAAAAAAUCUCACUUCGCAAAAAUUGGAAAGUAAAUAUAUGUUUUAAAAUGCAAGCUGUUUAAAAUUAAACAAAAUUAGCUACAGAUUUCAUUAUACUAAUUAUCUUUAUAUAUCAAAAUAUUUUUUCAUAAAAAAAAUUUUUUCGCUCCGUAGGGUGGGUUUUUGGGCAAAAAAUAGGAAUUUUUUCCAAUGCCUUUGUUCGCUCACAGAGGGGGAGUUAGAAAAAUCAAUUGAAACAAAUAUUAGCAAGGAGUGAAAAGUUACUUGUGUCUCCGAAUUUGCUGAUUUCAAAAUUCUUAAGCAUAAAAGCUGCGUGGUCUGCUAAGAAUAGCAGCUCUGCCUUAAGCAUGAAAUUAAAAGAAAAAGCUAUUGGCCUUGAAGCAGAGAAUAACAGUUUGAGACUUCAAAUAAAUAGCAUGAAAAAGCAAUUUGAAGACUCAAAAAAUCAGCUGGAAAAUAGCUCAAAAUCAGAAAUGGGAUCACUAGAGACUCAGCAAAAAAUUGAAAAUCUUGAAAAAGAAAAAGCUGAUUUAAAUGCCAUAAUCAAUAGAUUUUCAGCUCAAAAAUUCCCUCAAAAGGUAGAAAAACUAGAAAAAGAAAAUUUCGAGCUCAGCUUAAUAAUAAAAAAAUUCUCAUCUGAAGAUUUUCCUCAAAAAAUCGCCAAGCUUGAAAAAGAAAAAUCAGAUCUCACUUUAAUUAUAAAUAAAUUAAACUCUGAAGACCUCCAGCUAAAAAUAAGCAAACUUGAAAAAGAAAAAAGUGACCUAAAUUUCGUAAUGAAAAAAUUAUCAUCUGACUAUGAAAAAUUACUCUCAGAAAAAGAUGAUUUAAACAAAAAUAAAGCAUUAAUCGAAGCAGAAAAAACAAAACUAUUAGAAACAAGAGAUAAAUUACUAAUCCAAUGCAAUAAGCAACAAGAUGAAUUAGAAGAAUUAAAAUCUGUAACAGAAGGGAUUUCAGAAUUUCAGCAAAAAUUUGAUGAGCUUGUUCAAGAGAAUAUUCGCCUAACCAAUGAAAUGCAAAAAGCUGGACAAGUCCAUGAAGAAGAAGCUGAUAAGCUCAGGCAACAAUUUGAUGAAAUCAACACAAAAUACGAAAGCAGAGAAAGGCUGAUGAAAGCUUCUUUAGAAAAUAAAUCGAAACAGGUGUCAAAUUUAAUUGAAGAAAACGCAAAAUUAAAAAAUAAAAUAAAUAUUUUUACAAGUGAAAACCCAGACGGAAACCUAAAAGACGAGUUAGAAAAACUCCAAUUUAAAAAUAUGGAGCUUGAAAAUAAAUUGCAAGAAGAAAUAAAAUAUAAUUAAAUAUGGCGUCUUAACUUGGGUCUGGCCUCUCGGCCAGACAGUUUCGAGCCCUAUUUAAUUAUAUCGGCAAGGUUUUGCCUAGCUAGAGAUGGACAGCAACAUCAGGUAAGCAAUUCUGGCAGUGUACAGAGCCUGAUCCCAGUCCGUUCUCGGGUUAGGAUUUUACCUCGAGGGAAGAGGAGGCUUGGAGUUGGAAAGGAGAAGCCCAGCAGCGCCUACAGGUAAUCCCUAGGCCAUUCGGGCAAAUUUCUAGCGAGAAACCGGGAGUUUCGCCCCGGGCUACAAGUUUUCCUCUUUUGCGAAAGUCGGCCAGAAAUUCCAUUUUUUUGAAUUUCCCAGCAGACAACCCUCGUUACAGAGAAAGUAGCUCAAUCAUGAGCCGUCGAAGCCGGAACAUCGCGAGGAGGCGCGCGUUGGAGAUCAAAGCUAGUUGUCCCAGCAACUAGUGGGCCCCGAGCGACGAGAGCGUGGUGGUAGUCCUGGAAGAGCAACCCCGUAGGAGACGUUAAACGUGAUGGUUAAUAAGUUAAGUUGCAAGAAGAAAUAAAAAACCACGAAGAAACAGAAAAAGUCAAGGAAAGUUUUAAUGGGCAAAUAAAAGAAAUUGCUGGCCAAGUCAAUGAAUUUCAGAAAAAAGUGAGUGGCUUGGAGUUUGAAAAAGCACAAAUGGAAAAAAUUAUAGACUCAAUCGCAAAAGAAUUAAUGAUAUCUAAUUCUGAGCUUCAAAAAGUUAAAUCAGAAUAUGCAGGAUUUAAAGAAAAAGCUGGAGUUUUGCCUGAAGAGAAGACAGAAGAAGCCCAAAGCCAUGAUGAAUUUUUACAUGAAGAACUUUCAGCUAGUAUUUCCAAUUUAAAAAAAGAAAAUGAAAUUAUAAGAAUUGAAAAUAAAAGACUGAAGCGAUUUUUUGAUAAAAUUGAGCCUCAUUUAACAGAAUCAGACCAAGGCGCCGUUAUUGAUUUAAUAAAGCAAGCAUUUUCUGAGUUUAAAUUGAGAAUGCUAGUUGGAAGCCCAAAGUAUGAUAAACCUGCCCAAUUCCCUGCUGUAGAUUCCUUGGAAGCUUACAUAAGUCCUCCAAAAAUAAUUAAAGAAAUCCCAGAAAUUUAUGAAGAAUCCUCAUCAUUUGUAUUUGGCGAUGAAAGUUUGUUUAAUGCAUCAAGUUUUGAUUCUUCGAUUAAAAUUAAGCCUGAAGCACCAUUGGCAGAGGACUAUAAAAAUAUUAUAGAAAAGUAUGAAGAGGACUUCAUUGAAAAAGAAAGAAUUAUUAAGGAGCUUGAAGAAAAAAUUAAGAGACUAGAAAAUGGAGAAAAGUUAAAUGAUUUUGCAGUUUUAAGUAUAUAA